AUGUCACCGCACAAUGGAGCUCCUUCCUCCCAGGCGUCUAUAGAAACAGCGCCUUCAUCAGCCCACGGAACACUCCAUACCACUACCACCAUUUCUGGCUCACCCCCUUCGGAUUCCUCGCGCAGCAUCAGCAUUGGUUCCUCCCUGGGACUUCCUCCCUCCUUACCCGGACGGCCGUCGAGCAUUCCCUCGAAGAGGAUCGAGAUCCCCCGGCUCUCUGCAGCUACUACCGAGUUACUGGCGCGGGUUACCGGGAAUCUCAAAGGACCGCAGCAGAGAAAUGAUAAUGAUAAAUUUGUUACAUGGAACCCAUCAACAGUCACUCGGACGUUCGAAAGCCAGAAUAGCAACUCAAAAAUGGGAAAAAUGAGGGCUUCUUCUACAAUUAUUGAAUUGCCUACGGCGCCGUUCGUGUAUUCGAACAAUGUGGCGCCACCGGCGGUCCCUCAGGCCGCCUCCCCAGUGCCUCAAGGAAACGCUGGAGACAUAGUAAAGCCUACAAACCUACCGAAUCUCGCUCCCAAACCACCCAGCAUAAUAUCGGUCGACGCAUCACCAGCAAGUUCGGGGUCUCCAGUCCCGGUCAAUGUCGACCUAAAACCAACAAGUUCAACGCCCGUCAAUGCAGUUUCACGGCAGUCGGCGUCUCCAAUUCCAGUCAAUAUCGCUCCAAAGCCGAGCACAACGCCGGUCGGUGUUAAUUCAGCACCAACACCAUUGACUGCAUCCAUACCAGCAGAGCCCACAGCUGCAAUCAAAAUCGCCCCUAAACCAAAUGGGACAUUGUCAGAUGGUGCAGCACCAGCAUCAACCUCAUUGCCUACACCACAACAGCCACAGACGGCAGCCAAGCCCAAGAAACCGCAAGCAGCAGCUGGCUCGCGCCAGCGAAAGGGUGCGGCAAAUGGUAACAAGCGCGGCAAGAAGCGCAGACGAAAUAACGAUAGUGACGGGGAAGAUAUCAUAAGGGCCGGAGACUCCAGUAGCGACGAAUCAGAUGUGGCACCAACAGCGACGCAAACGAAAUCCGGCCGCCUGGUCAACCGGCCUUCGUUAUAUGUACCUGCGCCGUCAACUCCUGCGGUAGCCAAGGAGGUAAGCAACUCGGUGGACGCGUCUGAUAAUGCAGUCGUCGCACGAAAGCGUAAACGUAUCCACCGCCGAGGGAAAGAUGCGAUCAUCAUUUGCUUGCAUUGUCAAAGGGGCCAUAGCCCAUUGAGCAAUUCGAUCGUAUUCUGUGACGAGUGCAAUGCUGCAUGGCAUCAGUGGUGUCACGACCCUCCUAUUGGCGCAGACGUUGUUGCGGUCAAGGAAAAGGAAUGGUUCUGUCGAGAAUGCCGACCUGUCCAAAUUUCUGUCAUUCAACCAACGGUCGUGCGGAGCAAUCCCAACCUUACAUCUGGGCCAUUAGUCCCUAAUUAUCCUCUAUUAUCAAUCCCUAAAGGCGAGGUUGGUGCAGCGGAGUUUUCGGCCGAUGAGCGACGGGGCUUCCUGUCAAGUCUUUCGCACGCCACCCUCGUUGAGCUGCUGAUGACUAUCUCGGACAACAACCCGAUAUUGCCGAUGUUUCCUGAGAACAUGAGGGACCUUCAGUCUUCAAAGUUUGCUUUUCGUCUACCGAUCUCCGAUGCCCCGACUCCGUCGACAUCCGUGUCGGGUAAUGUCUCGACAAGCAAUGAUACAAGGGAUUCCGCGUCUGCAUCUACUGAAGGGAACAAACAAAAUGAGGAUUCUGCACCCGAAGCUACAUCUUCAUCAACAACUCGAAGGCAGUAUGAGGAGAUCUCUGAUGACGACUCGGAAUAUGAAUUCCAGGAGCACCGGUUGUAUCCACGCGCUGGGAACGGGUUCCGGCUAUCGCUUAAUGUGGAUGACAUGGAUAUUAUGCGCGAAGACCCUGCUUGUCCUACCUUCAGCUAUUCGCUACACGGACCUGCGCAGGUACGCGCUCAAAUGAAUGAUAUCGUUCCUGUGUGGGGAACAUGA